UGCUGGGCGGGGCUUCGGCUGUCAUUGAAGUGUUACCCGCUCUCUGUUAAUUCACAAAGUGGGGUUAGGGGCCCCCUUCAGGUCUUCAACAAGGCUUCUUGGGAUGAAUUCAAGACCACCGUAUAUUAUUUUGCUCUCAACUGAAAUUUCCGACGUUUUCCAGCGUGGAUAGGCUUUGUAGGGUGGAAAUACCGACUGGAGGUAGCACUUUACCCGCCUCAUUAUUCGUUUCGCUGGGUUUACUGGUGUUUUAUCUUCAGCUGUGGGAAGCUGAAUGGUGUACUGAGCCGUGUAAAAAAAAAAAAGAAAAAAAGAGAGCUUCCCCUGGCAGGCAUCAUCCCCCUCAGCCAGUCUGACCGCCCACAGUCCGGGGGGAGAAAGUGCUGCUUUGUGAAUGAAGGGAGCGGCGGAGGCAGAACACAAACUUUACCAAAAUAAAAUCCGACGCGUUUUGUACAUUCAACUGGAGAGGUUCAGACGGAGCAACAAGCGACACCUGGCCGACAAGGACCAAGAAAAUACAAAGCGACCCUGUGCUGGGUAUUUCGGAGAAGCUGUGAAUCAUGGUGGUCAGCUUGGCCUGUGUGGCCUGUUUCUGCCUGGUCGUGGCGGUCAGCGGUGACCCCUGCCUCAUCAUCAGCGAGAUCAACGCCGACAACCCCAGACUGGACACCACUGAGUUUGUGGAGUUGUAUCACACCAGUGGACAACGGGCUUCGCUGGACGGCUACACCCUUGUGUUCUAUAAUGGCAAUGGAAAUAUAGCGUACAAGGUGCUGGACCUCAAAGGCCAGAGCACAGAUGACAGGGGGUUCUUCCUGGUGGGCUCGAUGGACAUGCUGCCCAAACCGGCCAUCCUCCUGCCCCCCAACACGGUCCAGAACGGCCCCGACGCCAUCGUCCUCUACCACACAUCUGCUGCUCGCUACAGUGAGAGGAUGAACGUCACGGCCCACGGCCUGGUGGACGCCGUCGUGUACAUGACUCGCAGAACUGAAGGCGCAGAGAUCCUCGCUGAGACUCUGACUCCAGGAGAGCCUGCCUUCAUUGAGGAUGAAACAUCCCUUGAGGGGGACGAGUCGAUUGAGAGGUGCCUUCUGUCUGAAGACCGCUGGGGCUUUCAGGUGUCCUCGCCCUCCCCAGGUCAGAAGAAUAACUGCACCCCGCCUGCCGCCCCAGCGACCAGUCCUGUCAUCACUGAGCUGAAGCUGGGUGGAGGGCAGGUGGACGGCUUUGUGGAGCUGACAGAAGCUCCAGCUGCAGGUCCUCUGGUGCUAGUUGUGUUGGACGGGAGAACAGACACGGUCAGCGUGAGUGUGAACGUGAAUGUGGACACCUCCAAGAACGGGUUGAUCUCCUUGAACAUAGACAAGAAAUACAUGAAAGGAGAUGAGUCCGGGGCAGUGGCUAUUUACAGCGGCAGAGCCUCAGACUUCCCCACCGGCAGUCCACUGAGCCAGAUUCAGCCUCUAGAUGCAUUUGUGUUUGCCGGACCUGGAAGCAAGCCUAGUGCCAACCUCACAGAGACUCUCAUCCCAGGCAGGGAGCCCUACCAACUCAGCAACAGUUUAAGAGAAGGAGGCUUCUAUCUGAGUCGCUGUGGUGUGGCCACCUGGGCCAGAGACCCCGGUGUCUUCUGGGAGGCUCCGCAAACUCCCGCGCAGCCCAACCAGUGCCCCUGGCCAAAGAUCUGCCCACACAGUAUCUUGAUUCCAGGAGGGACAGAUUCUCCGCCUCACCUCCCACCCUGGGGCAACAGCGACUUCCUGAUCAACGAGCUGAACACUGACACACCUGGUGCAGCUGAGGACGGCGAGUACAUCGAGCUCUGGCAUCCAUCAGGACGCCGGGUCUCUCUGCAGGGCAUCUGGAUACUUCUGUUCAGUGCGCACAACAACAGACCCUACAGGGAGAUCAGUCUAAGCGGACACUUCACCACUUCUAAGGGCUACUUCCUGCUGGGCAGUGACAGGCUGGUUCCCGCUCCUUCACUCCGCCUGCCCCCCAAUACCAUCCAGAACGGACCAGAUGCUGUGGCGCUCUAUCGCAGCCCUUAUGGCCCGCCCUCAGCCUCACAAAGGGGGAUCCCCACCAAAGGGCUGCUGGAUGCAGUUGUGUACCGGCAGAGAGGCUCAGAUAAGGACGCGCAGGAGUUGAGUAAAGCUCUGACCCCGGGACAGCUGCCUCUGCUGGAGGAUCCAGAGGUUCUGCCUGGUGAUGAGGCCCUCAGCCGCUGUAGAGGCCUUUACCCCUACGACCUGUCUGCUUUUUCAGUGGCUCCGCCCACACCUCUGAGGGAGAACAGCUGCCCCCGCCCCCCUCCAGCGCCUGAGGGUGUGGUCAUCAGUGAGGUGGCUAGUGGCCACUGGACCAACCACAGCCGGCAGAGCGCAUUUGUGGAGCUGCACGGGCCCCCCAUGACGGACCUGCGGGGCCUGGUGCUCUCCGUGUUUGACCAGGAGCGCAGUGGGACCGUCAUUGCUCUUCCAUUGACCGGAUCUGUUGACCAGGAUGGAUUUUACAUCAUUGGAAAUGUCACUGGAGCAGAUCAGACUUUCCUAGAGGGUUCGACAGUGCCGUUUCGAGGAGCAGUAGUCCUGUGCUAUGACCUGUUCAGCGUCUGCAGAGCUGGCACUGCUCUGACCAACUCCAGUCUCAGAGAUGUACUUGUGUUCAGUGAAAACCAGCGGCUGCUCUCCUCUCUGUCCACCACCAGAGGGCGACAAGUGAUUCCAGCUGCCAGAUCAGUGGAAGAUGGUCCUGUUUCGCUCAGCCGGUGUUCAUGCUGUGAGGUGAGGAGCCCCUCCUCCUGGACCAGCUCCUCACCCACACCUCACCACACCAACCUCUGUCCCAGCUCCGCCUUCUCAAGUCACAUCGACCUCUGCCUUGGACCCCUGUCCAGUGACUGGCAGGAGCAGUCAGGAGACUGCAGUGGUCUAAUCCAGGGAAGGAGGGUCGCUGAGGUGGCCGACUACCUGGAGCAGAGGUGCCACUGUGGCAUCUCUGCCUUAUAUCUCCAAGGGGCCAACUUUACCUGUGUCUCUGGGUGGCUACGAGUAUGGGGAAACAUCCAGGCGCUGUCGAACCAUCAGAAGGCCCUCAUCAUCCAGACGUCGCACAUGAGUCCUUCAUCCGCUCAGGGAGACGUCUGCUCUGCUCCAACCACAGACCGUUACACAAGCGCAGCAUCUGCCCUGGGGUUACAGAUAGGGCUGAUAGUGGCAGUGCUCCUGCUGCUGGGACUAGGAGCUGCUCUGUUCACAUAUUUCUACAGGAGGAGGCGCCCUCUCGACUAUUACACCAUGGAGCUGAGUGAACAUGCAGAGGGACUGUCGGAUCUAUAAUCCGGGCAUGUGGAAGUGCUCGUGUGCGUGGAAGGACUUUAGCAGAGAGAGCCUGAGGCGGGGGGUAAUCAGAGGUUAAUGUGACCUGUACAUAACUGAUUGUAUGGGUGUUUUGAAACAAGUGCCACCACAAGUGUCCUUCUGUGUGUCCUUGGAAGAUCACUGACGAAAUGACUCCUAGUUGUCUGUUAACAGUAUCCAGUGUGUGUGACGUGUGGUAUUUCAUGGCACCGGUGACACUUAAAUCAGGCAACCCAAGAUUUUUAAAGAUAAUAACCUAUAUUUCUAAAGGUCGGUGUGCAACCUUUGCCUGUGAACAGUGCUGGUUACUACUUUUAAAGGAAAAGGAAUAUAAAAGGGAGGAUUUUGUUUUAAUACUUGAGUCCUAAAUGGUCAUUUUUGUUGACUUGUUUAUGUCACUGUGGAAAAAGCCUUUUAAAUGAAAACUGGUAAACAACCAUGCUAUGCAGGAAGCUCUACCAUAUAAUUUAACGGCCUUCAUCACAUUCUCAGCUGGUGCAGUGUUUUAACAACGGACUUCAUAACCAAGAUAA